UUGGACUGUAUUUAAAGAGAGACAAUAAGAUCAUGAGCUCAGAUAUCAAUACCACCAAAAUGGACGCCAUGGUUGAUGAUCAGCCUAAGAAGCUUCACAUAGCCAUGUUCCCAUGGCUGGCCUUCGGUCACAUAAUCCCGUUCUUAGAGCUCAGCAAGCUCAUAGCUCGAAAGGGUCAUCGUAUUUCAUUCAUUUCUACUCCUAGAAACAUUGAACGCCUCCCAAAGAUCCCUCUAGAUCUAGCAGCUUUCAUAACUUUUGUGAAGUUGCCCUUGCCCCACUUGGAGAACCUCCCAGAAAACGCAGAGGCCACCAUGGAUUUACCACACCACAUAGUUCCAUACCUUAAGAUCGCUUACGACAGUCUCCAGGAACCUUUGUCUCGUUUCUUGGAAACCUCCACUCCCGAUUGGAUUGUAUAUGACUUUGCCCCCCAUUGGUUACCACCAAUUGCUAUUAAGCUAUGCAUCUCACGGGCGUUCUUCAGUGUUUUCAGUGCAUCAUGUCUAGGUUUCUUUGGACCACCAGCAGAGUCGAGUGUGAUGGAAGAUGCUAUACAUCCAAAGGGCAUGAGGAUGGAGCCUGAGCGUUUAACCGUACCUCCCAAAUGGAUUACCUUUCCAACAAAAGUAGCGUUUCCACUCUUUGUGGCGAAUGAAGUAAUACUUGCCUUCUUUGAAGAAAAUGCUUCUGGUAUUUCCGACUGGUUUCGUUUCAGUAAAAUGGCUUUAGGCUCCGAAGUCAUGGCUGUUAAAGCUUGCAUGGAGGUCGAAGGUGAGUGGCUUAAACUUGUUGAAAAUCUUUUUAAUUUACCUGUUAUUCCGGUGGGCUUAUUGCCACCGUCGGGGGAAGGACAACUCGUACAUGACGAUCACAAGGAUAGCGCUUGGGGAACCAUUGUCGAGUGGUUAGACAAGCAAGAGAAAGGGUCAGUGGUUUAUGUAGCAUUUGGAAGUGAGAGUGAACCAAGUCAAGAAGACUUCAAAGAGUUGGCUCUAGGGCUAGAGCAAUCGGGUUUGCCCUUCUUUCUUGUUAUAAGAAAGCAAAACCUCCCGGAAAGUGAAGACUCAGAUGAACAGAUACCUGAAGGAUUUGAGGAGCGAAUCAAAGAUCGUGGGAUUGUUUGGUGGGGUUGGGCGCCUCAAGUUAAGAUAUUAGGUCACGAUUCAGUUGGGGGUUACUUUACACAUUGUGGUUGGAGUUCAGUGACAGAGGCAUUCCAGUUUGGACGUCCGCUUAUUAUGUUGCCCAUGUUUGGGGAUCAAGUACUGAAUGGUAAGCUUUUGGAGGAAAUGCAGACAGGAGCGGAGGUACCCAGAAAUGAGCAAGACGGGUCAUUUAGCAGGGAGUCUGUGGCCAAGACGCUAAGGUUGGUGAUGAAGGAUGCAGAGGGACAGAUUUAUAGGGAUAAAGCUAAGGAGAUGAUGACCAGUUUUGGAGAUAAGCAACUCCAGUACCGAUAUGUGGACAAAUUCGUUGAGUUUCUUGUGAACCACAGGCGUGUGAUGCUCGCUACCAAGGGUUAGAAAGUGAUCAGUAAAAGUUUCCUCUAAGUUCCAAUAAAUUAAGUUUGCAUGAAGGUGCUGCUUCUGCUGUAUUGUGUAUUGUGUUGAAGAUGCUGCUUCUGUUGGUUUUAAGUUUAAAAUAAAGAAGGAAACGCAGUGCUCGUUACAGUUUC